AUGAAACCAUGGGAAGCUGACUUUGGUGCGCUUUCCCGCUUCAGCGCGGGCAGCAGUGGCAGCACCGGCUUUCCGAAUCAAGGUGUGUCACGGUCACAUGACAACCUGCCUGUGCUGCAGAAGACUACCAGCUAUCCGGCCAGUCCUACGAGUCCUAUCAGCCCGACCGAGACCGAAUUUGGCGCUACGCCUAUCGAUGCGAGUUUCGGUGAAAGAAUUGACUCGCAUCCGCCUGAGCGACCAGCGCCGGAGAAGCCUGCGCUUGGAGAUCGGAGUGGAUUGCCUAGUCAGAAGAGCAGAGGAGUUGGAAUGAACUACACUGAGCCUGCGAAGAAGACGGGGAACAAAAUGGACAAGUACGCACGGCAAGCAGGAGACGAUUCAUACGAGAGUGAAGGAGCGGAUGCAGACGACGAGUUCGAGCGAACCAUCUUCAACCAGGCUGCACCUACCAUGUUCGACGAUGGAGAGUCGGACCACCCUUCCGAAUCAGACGAUGAAGACCAUGAUCUACUGGAUGGAGAAGAUACACCGACGACGCAAGGCUGGGGGGAUCGUGAAAAUAGAAGUCCGACCGGCAACAUGACACAGUGGAAUGAGGAGCAGGUGGCCGACUACAUCAUUUCGCUUUCUUCAACCUACAAGCAGUAUAGCCAGGCAUUCAUUGACGAGGGUAUCAAGGGUGAUGUGCUGGUGGACCUGCAUCAUGAUGAUCUGCAGGAUCUGGGCAUUAAUAGCUUGGGCGACCGGUUGACAAUCCUGAAGUCGGUCUAUGAGCACAAGAUACGGUCAGGCAUCAAGGGCGAAGAAGGGCAAUAUGUCCCUCUGUCAGCAGCAGACGAUAGGAGCGAUCUGAAUGCGACACAGGAUGAUAUCACUCGCGUCAUCGAUGCCAUCAAACAGCGCGACCAGCGCAUUUAUGCUGCCGAGGCGGAGUUGAAGGCGAUGAGGCAGGACUUGGAUCGCAUAUUUGAAGAGAACAGAAAGCUGCGAGACGAGACCCUGCCGAUCAUGCGACUGGUGAAACCUUUGCCGGAUCCGGCAGGAGGGACCAUACCUUCACCACGCGAAAUCGACCUCAAUAAGCAGAAUGAGAACCUCGCACCUGCCGCGGCGAAAGAGAGCAAAGGAAGCUCACUGAGCCGCAAAUUCUCGACUAAAAAGCUUUUCCUUGGUAGUGCGCCAAAGCAACCCUCACCCACGCACCCUCCACAAACACAUACACCACAACCCCAACGAGAAGUUAGGGACGACCUGGGAGGUGCUCAACUCGAGGCUUCUGCAGCAGCGAUGGCGGCUUCUAGCCAUUUGACAGCAAGCAUGACCAGCCAGAUCUCACCCAGCAGUGUUCACGGCUCCCAACUCAGCCCUACGAGUCCAGCCUACAGCACCCAAGCACCUUCGUCAGGAGGAUCCUACCAGCCACCGAAUUCAGCUGCUGCCCGCUCCUUCCCACGUGAGGUGGCAAACGCACGUGAUCGUCACCCAUAUGACCGACACAACCAAGACGACAACGGCACGGGGACUGGCUACAGCGGUACUAGUCACUGGUCUCAAGCCAGCACGAUCGUGGCUCCGGAUCGUGACCGUGAUCGUGACCCGCCUGCUUCGGCCAGGCCGUCGAGACGCCAGCUGCCCACUCCUAGUCCACGCGAGGAUGAGAUACCGCAGACCGCGCCCUUGCCUAGGGAGAGGGACAGAGAUAGAGGCGACAGAGACAACCCGCAAGUCGAGAUCUUCAAGAGCUUCCGCGUCAGUAUCGAGGAUCCUUGUCGUGUGGUUCUCCCAGUGGCCCUCAAACGCUACAACAUCACCGACGACUGGCGCCAAUACGCCCUGUAUAUCGUGCACGGCGACCAAGAGCGCUGUCUCGGCUUGGAAGAGAAACCUCUCUUGCUGUUCAAGCAGCUGGAUAAGGAGGGGAGGAAGCCGAUGUUCAUGCUUAGAAGGCAUGCUAGUCCGGCUGAGGGGUGGAGUAGCCAGGCCAAUUUGUCUGGAGCGCCUGGUGGAUCUGGGCAGGGGUUAGACGGUGGUAGUGGUAGUGGUGGCGGUGGUGGAGGAAGGGAGAAGGCUAUACCCGGUGGUGUGCUAUGA